CUGCUUCAUCAUUAAAUAGCCUACCUGCAUUGCCAUUGCAUACUGUAAAACACGUUUAUAUAUAUCUUAUCAAGGGUUCCACCUUUGUACCACUCAGACUUAAUUUAUUCGCUCCUUCCACCGGAUAGCAAGGCUAGUGAACGCUUUAAGGGGGAUAUCUUAUCAUCGCUAAUAAUGUCUUAAUAAAGUCCUUUAAGCCCUACAAAAAGGAGAAUGAAGUUCGGUUGAAGACAAGGAUCAGGUGGAGAGUCGUUACCAAUGUAUUUUUCGCUCCCUGUUUUGUCAGUAAUGAAAGCGAGUAUCGGACUUGUAAGGACUACUCCGAUCUCUGCUUAGGAUCUGUUAAACAAGUCUGGAUUUUAUAUUACCGAUAACGUCUAUUUUUUUAAAGCAAGCUAUUGAUAUCUUGUUAUCCGAGAUUUCACGGGUGUCUCGUCCAUUCAAAAUUCGUGGAUAACGCUUAUAAAAAAACAUUACUUACGGUUUUGUCUCUGUUACCCUUGUAUACCACUAAGUUCGUUAGAAGACGUUUCCGUUAAAUUGCUGGAAGCACUCUACAAUUACUCUACAAAGAGAAUUUGGUAGCUUUAAGGAAGCUUCAGUGAUAACCGUUUCUUUAAAGGGUUUUAGUCAAACCAUUCAUCUUCGCACAAGGGCUUUAAGGAGCACUGAGUCUGGUAUUUUUCUAGCUAUCCUAAAUUACGAAAGAUGCAAAUUAUCAUUGUUGGUACUUUCGUCCAUACUCCUUCCAUAAGCAACUUGGAGAUAUUUGACGGGACAGUUGGUGUGAAUAAUGGCUUGAUUGUCUUUUUAGAGCGUUCCACUAUGGAGGAAACAGUACGCCAAGCCAAGCUCUUACCUGGAAUGGCUGACUCAAUGGUUUUGCGAUUAUCUCCACUCGAAUUUGUGUGCCCGGGAAUGAUCGAUACACACAUACAUGCUCCUCAGUACGCAAAUUGUGGUUUGGGAAUCGAUCUGCCGCUGUUGGAAUGGCUUGACAAAUAUACUUUUCCUCUCGAGAAAUCAAUGACAAAACUUGAGACAGCAUUUCGUUCGUUUAGUCAAGUUGUUCACCGCACACUUGAACAUGGAACUACGACUGCUAGCUAUUUUUCUUCAUUGCAUGCACACUCAUCUGCACUUCUUGCGGACUUAUGUUACCAUCACGGACAAAGAGCGUUUAUCGGAAAAUGCAAUAUGGACACCCUUGCUCCUGACGACUAUCGGGAAUGCUCUGCUGAGGCAUCUGUUGACGCUACGCAAGACCUUAUUCGGUUCAUGUCUAAACUGGACCCUUCUCGGACGCUGGUUAGUCCUAUAAUUACCCCACGUUUUGCGCCUAGUUGUUCAGAACAGUUACUGUGUGAGUGUGCAGCAUUGGCAAAAACGCAUAAUUUGCCGAUACAGACACAUGUUUCCGAAAACAAGGGCGAAGUUGACUUGGUCAAGCGAAUGUUUCCUAACAAUACGUCGUACACUGACGUGUACGAUCAAGCUGGUCUGCUCACACCUCGGACUAUUCUUGCGCAUGCUGUGUAUCUCACGUCGAACGAAGUCUCUACCAUUGCAGCCCGUGGAUCCGGUGUUUCUCAUUGCCCGACAAGCAAUGCUAUCUUGUCGAGCGGACUUGCUAAUGUUCGCUACAUGCUCACUAAUGGUGUGAAAGUUGGCCUGGGUACUGACGUUUCUGCCGGUUAUUCGGUUAAUAUGCUUGACAGUAUUCGACAAGCAGCCAUGACUUCUCGCCAGUUGUCAGUGCUGCAUAGCAAUAAUCAGAUUGCUUUAUCGCUAGCAGAGCUUUUUUUCAUGGCAACGUUGGGCGGUGCGCAGUUACUUAAUUUGGGAGACAGAAUUGGUAGUUUUGCCCUAGGUAAGACUUGGGAUGCAUUACUUGUAGACGUUGGCGGAUCCAAUGCCGGUGCUACAAUCGAUGUUUUCGGAACAGAGACGAAGGAAGCACUGGUGAGCAAAUGGGUCUUUGGCGGUGAUGACCGGAAUCUUCGACGAGUUUGGGUUAACGGCGUAUGCGUUGCUGGAACAGAUUUACUUUCUUCAAAGUGUGAAAAAUGCGAGCAUUGCUUACAACACACAAAAGCAAUUGAAGUUCCGGUGACACGUACUGUCGCUGAGCAAGCUAGUGCUUUUGCUAAACCUGUCUCGACCACAGACAAUGAAAAGGAGCAGAUCUCGAUCCAGUCGAAGGCUUAAUUAUGAACUUUAUGAGAAAUGAGCAUAAUACGUGUUUUCAUUAUUAAAAUGUUAAUGACAUGCUUUAUGAUGUAGUCUUAAGACAAGUAAGCGAUAGAAGAGAAUCACUACUCAGUUGUAGGAAUGCAGCUGG